GGUGAGCAUGAAGCUGUUUAUUGCUUUAUCGCUGCUAACUGGGCAGACUUUGGCUAUUCUGAACCUGACUCAGAUCUCCUUCACCAAAUUAUCUGGAUGUCAGGCCGACAACGGAAACACUGUCGAUGCGAUGUUUCAGUACGGAGCCGUUAAGGCAGCCUUCGAAGAGACCUACAGGAUGCUGUACAUAAUAGGGCGUCCACCCAGCGGAAGUACACAAAAGAAUGGCUGCUUGCGGAUCUUCAGCGGCUUGGACUCAGGCCAGCCUACGGAACAGCUUUCUAUGCAGCUUGAUAACCCGUUAGAUGGCGAACUACUAAGUAUAGCUGCUUGUAGUAAUGCCAUUGCCCUGUCCUUUUCCGGAAGUAACCCUGUAUCCGAGGGUCACGUGCGUAUGUACCAUCCAUUCCAAUUCGGUCAAAGCACACUGGAACCAAUCUCAAACGAGCAUACAUUUGUUGGUCCAUACCCUAAACACAUGGCAUUCACCAGUGACUGCAGUAAGAUAGUGGUUGCAAAUGAGGGUAUUCCGGGUGUGAUUAACGGCCAGCUGGUGGAUCCCAAUGGAGCAGUAAGCAUCAUCACUCGUAAUGAUGGAGGAAACCCCAGUGUGAGCGAAGUUCUAUUUGACGUCGUUAACGGAGAUAACACUGCUGCUUACCAACAGCGGGGUGUGCGGUAUGUAUACAGAGGUGACAGCGGGUUCACUAAUACGUUAUCUCAGGACCUGGAGCCGGAGUUUGUCGCUAUCAAUGUUGACGAUAGCAAAGCGUAUGUUAUACUUCAGGAGAACAACGCUUUGGCUGUGAUUGAUCUGUUGAAUAAUAAUUUGUUGGACAUUUACGCCUUCCCAGAGAAAAACUGGGCCAAUUACCAGCUGGAUGCUUCAGACACGGACAAACAGUACCAGUUCGGGCAUUAUGAUGUGCGUAGCUUUGCUCAACCCAAAGUCAUGCUUGUAACAAGUCUAUUCUCUAUCCCUGGCGAUGCUAUCAUCACUGCAAACACGGGUGCCCGUAAAUCCUUCGACUUUGGGAGUGCUGGCAGCUUUUCGGAGGGUACACGACUGCGAACACUAAUGAAUGAUCAAGCACUAUCACCAGGGAUCAGCCAGGCUUUGGUGGAUGCUAUCAAUGACAACAGUAGAUUAGGGAGAUUGUACGCGAGUGAAAAUGAUGGAAAGAAUAUCAACAACAACCUCAUCGAGACAAUUUACUUCUAUGGGUCACGUGACAUGGCUAUGUUAUCCGCAAACUCGAGUGGACUCUUCGAUCUGUUCAGCAGUGGGGACGAGUUGGAAACAUCUGCCGCCGCGCAGUACAACGACGUGUUUAACGGCGACACAACUAGUACCAACUCUGAACCAACAUCGGAGAUGGACUCAAGAUCAGACGAUAUGGGUCCAGAACCAAUGGCCAUGGCUGGUGGCUCGUUCGGAUCAUCGGAUAUCCCAUUUCUUAUAUCCGGUAGCCGGAAUGGCAUCAUAUACAUAUUUACACUAAGGACAGGGUUCCCCGCACUGGAGAGCUUGUAUCGAGCAGGGAAUCAACAAGGCACAUGGAAUACUCUGUACAAUAACGACCAGAUCGGCGAUAACAUCAUCUCCGACAUGGGAACUAUCGAGAAAGGUAUCCUAUCUGCCAAUCCCUUCAUCUAUGUGAUAUCGGAGGCCUCCGGAUCUUUUUCUAUCUAUGAAGUUAGAGAAAAUUAAAGACAUUCCAUACCAAUGAAAAUUAAAAGAAAUCUAUCGAAA